GAAGUGUUUUCGUACAUGUUUUUUCAAGUUUCUUCGCACUAUAUUAAAAAUCUGGACCAGUUUAUUAAUUUGGCGCAAAGAAAAUCAAAAAAUCAUAAAAGAAAGUACUUUUAAUUUUUUAGAUACAUAUAUAAAAUUAUAAAUAAUACUAUAAUGUAAAGGUGGGAGUGGAAAGUGAAGAAAUAAAAAAUGAAGCCAAAACCCACGCUAAUCCCAUUCCUCCUCCUCCUCCUCUUGUCCUCCACCUCCUCCGCAGCAGAUGCUAUACCCCUCAACUCCACCCUCUACGCCUCGUCCCCAAACCAAACCUGGACCUCCCCGUCUGCCACCUUCGUCCUCGGCUUCACCGCCGCCGCCUCAGCCCACUACGUCUCCAUCACCCACAACGACAUCCGCGUCUGGACCGCCGGCGGCGCGGCCGACGCCACCGCCUCCCUCCGGCUCCUCCCCGACGGCAACCUCCGCCUCGUCAACGGCUCCUCCGGCGCCGUCGUCUGGCAGUCCGACACCGCCGGCCGCGGCGUCUCCUCCGCCGCCCUCAACGACUCAGGUAACUUCGUCCUCCUAAACGGCACCGUCCCAAUCUGGUCCACCUUCGAUAACCCCACGGAUACCAUUUUACCCUCGCAGAAUUUCACGACCAGUAGAUUUUUAAGAUCUGGGCUGUACUCUUUCAGUCUCCUUCCGUCUGGAAACCUAACCCUGAAAUGGAACGACACGAUUGUGUACUGGAAUUCAGGGCCAAAUUCGUCAAUUACCGCGGACCUGACGUCGCCCAGCUUAGGGUUUCAGUCGAUCGGGAUCUUAUCCCUCUACGACCCGACGCUUUCGAGCGCCGUGGUCAUGGCUUACAGCAGUGACUACGCCGAGGGGACCGAUGUUUUUAGGUUUCUGAGACUGGACAGUGAUGGGAAUUUGAGGAUUUACAGUUAUGCUCAGGGAAGUGACAACAGCACGGAGAGAUGGGCAGCUGUUGCUGACCAGUGUCUUGUUUUCGGGUACUGUGGGAAUUUCGGUAUCUGUAGUUACAACGAUACGGGUCCCGUUUGCGAGUGUCCGUCCUUGAAUUUCGAACCGAUCGAUCCAAUGGAUAGUAGGAAAGGGUGUAAGAGGAAGGUGGAGAUUGCGGAUUGUCCCGGGAGUGGGGCGAUGUUGCAGUUGGAUCAUGCCGAGUUUUUAACUUACCCGCCGGAGCUGGCUUCGCAAGUUUUCUUUGCAGCUAUAUCCGCGUGCGGGUUGAAUUGUCUGGUUAGUAGCCCUUGUAUUGCCUCCACCUCGUUGUCCGAUGGGACUGGGCUGUGUUAUCAGAAAACUCCAGAUUUCGUGAGCGGGUAUCAAUCGCCUGCUCUUCCCAGCACUUCAUUUGUCAAAGUUUGUGGCCCAGUCGUGGAAAACCCUUCUCCCUCAGAAGGAGUAACGAAGGGUAAAUCUUCGAACCUUCAGGGUUGGAUUGUUGUUGUGGCGGUUAUAGGCACCAUUUCAGGGUUGUUGAUGUUUGAGGGUGGUUUGUGGUGGUGGUGCUGUAGAAACAGGGCUAAAUUCGGGGCGUCGUCUGCUCAAUAUGCUCUUAUUGAAUAUGCCUCUGGUGCACCGGUCCAGUUCUCAUACAAGGAACUUCAACGCGCCACCAAAGGCUUCCGGGAUAAGCUCGGAGCAGGAGGAUUUGGGGCUGUUUAUAGAGGUGUCAUUGCCAAUAAGAUUGUUGCGGUGAAGCAGCUUGAGGGAAUCGAGCAGGGGGAGAAACAGUUUAGAAUGGAAGUUGCAACUAUAAGUAGCACCCACCAUUUGAAUCUUGUUAGAUUAAUUGGGUUUUGCUCCGAAGGGCGCCACAGGCUUUUGGUAUACGAGUUCAUGAAGAACGGAUCCCUUGAUAGUUUCCUCUUUACGACAGACGAAGAGUCAGGAAAAUCAUUCAGUUGGGAGUGCAGGUUUAAAAUUGCCCUGGGGACUGCGAAGGGUAUCACAUACCUACACGAGGAGUGUCGAGACUGCAUUGUGCACUGUGACAUAAAGCCAGAGAACAUUCUAUUGGAUGAAGCUUACAAUGCCAAAGUCUCAGAUUUCGGCCUUGCAAAACUCUUAAAUCCAAAGGACCAUAGGGGCCGGACAUUGACAAGUGUCAGGGGGACUAGAGGGUAUUUGGCUCCGGAGUGGCUUGCAAAUCUGCCAAUAACAUCAAAAUCUGACAUUUACAGCUACGGCAUGGUUUUGUUGGAGUUAGUGAGCGGGAGAAGGAAUUUUGAAGUGUCUGCAGAAACAAAUCUGAAAAAGUUUUCUAUUUGGGCGUACGAGGAGUUUGAAAAGGGGAAUGUGAAGGGGAUUGUCGACAAGAGGCUUCCGGAUUAUGAAUUGGAUAUGGAGCAAGUAAUUAGGGUGAUUAAGGUGAGCUUUUGGUGUAUCCAGGAGCAACCAACCCAGAGGCCAAUAAUGGGAAAAGUGGUGCAGAUGUUAGAAGGGAUUGUUGAAAUGGAAAAGCCACCACCCCCUAAGGCUGCGGCUGAAGGAUCCGUUAGUGGUACCAGCAUGAACAUAAGCGCUAGUGUCAGUCCUUUCUCCACCUUUGCAGCUUCAGCCCCAGGUCCCUCUUCAUCGUCUUCAUUCCGAACUGCAGAGAUUUCAUCUUUUGUUUCGCGAAGCAACGGGUAGAGGGCAACUUCCUCCUCUUUUACAGCCUAAGCUAAGCUCAAUUGAUGCUCAUCGGUGUGUACAAGUACUUUUGGGUUCUACUUCUCUGAAACCUUUGGGAAGGGAAGAAGCUGGAGGUGGGUAAGCUUUGUUCAUUCAUGACAUUUAUAGAAUUUUCAAGACCAGGCUUUGUUGUAGGAGUCUAGCUCUUUAUACAGGUUCACUCAUGUUGUUCAACAGAGGAAUUAUGAUUAAUAUGAUUGUGAAUUAGUGAA